GGUCAUGGGGUCCCAUGAGUUGGUCUCCGCUGACCACUACACUAUGGAGGUCAGAGGACACCAUUAGGUCAUUAGACACUAUGUAUGUGGACACCUCCGCGGACAAAGAUGUCAGCAACACGGCUUUGAGAGUAAACGAAAGUGUGGGAGGCGGAAGUCGCAGUACAACAGUACUGAAUCGAAAUGAUCGUUUCGCCCGGGUUUCGCCUUAACACUUAACACAGGCUUGACCCCCUGGUCGGCUUCCCUCAGGACCGCCGCAGUAGCCGAGGCCGAGGGGCCCAGAGGCCGCGGCCCAGGCCUCCUCGGCGGCGUCCCCGGGGCCAGCCAGCCCAGCGCCGCCCUGCCCGGGCCGUACCGCCGCCAUGGCGUGUGACGGCGUGCCGGCGCGCUACGUGCUGUGCCUCAUGCUCUUCCUGGGCUUCAUGGUCACGUUCCUGCUGCGCGCCAACCUCACCAUCGCCAUCGUGGCCAUGGUCAAGGAGCCGGCGCGCGCCGAGGAGCCCGGCGGCGGCGCGGCCAUGUGCGGCGGCCAGCCGCGGCCCGCCGUCACCAGCUCCAACGAGACCGUGACCAGGCUCGAGCCGCAGGGCGAGUUCGAGUGGGGGGAGCUGCAGCAGAGCGUCAUCCUCAGCGCCUUCUUCUGGGGCUACGUCGUAUUCCAGGUGCCGGGCGGGCGCGUGGCGGAGCUGCACGGCACGAAGCGCGUGUACGGCGCGGCCCUGGGCGCCAACGGCAUCAUCAGCCUGCUGCUGCCCUGGGCCGCCAAGGGCCACUGGACGCUGCUGCUGCUCAUGCGGGCCCUGCAGGGGCUGGCGCAGGUGGGUCUGAGGUCUAACGAGUCCGGCCAAGAAUAAGUAGCCAAAUUCGAU